CCCAGGAACUGCGGAGAGCAGGGCGAGAGCCGUGAUUUACACAUUAAGAGGGCAGGGGGUUCCAGGCUCCGCCCCUUUUCUUUUCUUUCUUUCUUUCUUUUUUUUUUUUUUUGCCCUCCUGUGGGGGAGGAGGGGUUCUUUCUGUGUGUUUGUUUCUGCCGCAGAUCUUUCCUGGACAGUGAGUCUCAGCUGUACAGAUCCGGAGGCCCCCAGCCGCCGGCGGAGGGCGGGGGGGGGGGGGUUGGGGGGGUGAGGCGCUCACUCCUCCCGACUCUUCCUAAAGAAGCCACUCAGCCUCAGCGGGGCGCUCGGCGACUUCAGCGGACCGGUCGGCCGGGCCGCGGCGAGCGCGCUGGCCAUUGGAGUGUGCGGCCGUGGAGGGAGGGGACCCCAACUAGAGUAAGUUGAGAACGCGGCGCACUCAGUCGGGGCCAGCAGCAAGAUGCCGAGCGCGCGGUGCAGACCCGGAGCUCCCCGAACGCAGCUUCGUCCCGCCUGAGCCAGGUAGGGAGUGCGCGCCGAGGCGGCGGACCCGGGCGCGCGUGGGAGCAUCGUAGCCAGAGGUCUUCAGAGGCAGAAACAAAUUGUUUAAACCGGAACGAAGCAAAACAAACACUUUUAAAACCUGCAUCUCUGAGUGCUGAAAACAAGCAACUCUGAGCGUCUAAGGAGCCCAACCGGCUCGGAUUGUUCUUGGCGCACUUGUGACUUAUAAAGUUUGGAAAGGGGUUAAGUCCCGAUUGUAGAACCGCCGGGGGUUGGGGGGUAGCGGAAGCUGCGGUGGGUCGGAGGAGAGGGAAGGGAAGGCGCUUGUUUUGGGAAAUCCUACAGACAAAGACUGUGGAAGGUGGGGUAAGGGUUUAAACUUGCACUGAGAGCGAGCAGGGUGUGGAAUUAGAUGAGGGAAAUGCGGAGCUCCUGGGCGCGAGCUGCCUCUGCUGUCCCGGGAAUUGCUGGAAUUCUGUCGCCUCGAUGACUCUACUUUCAUCGCAUUUGCUACAUUACCUUGAAACAUUUAAACAACUCGCAGGCUGCGGUUUCCGAGGCCCUCUCCAGCCGCGGAAAAGCUACACAAAAAGCCUGGAUCUCUCUCCCUAAACCACCCCGGCUUCCAGUGAAGGCUCUCUCCGCCUUGCCCUCUAGCGUUCACUUGGAGAAGCGCCACCCCGGGUUCCUGGGGAUAGUGCGCAUCAUGGGGUCUGGGUACACCAGCAUCCCGCUGGUCAAGGCCCUACGCAGCUCUGUCUCCGACUAUGUCAACUACGACAUCAUCGUCCGGCAUUAUAACUACACGGGAAAGCUAAAUAUCAGCCCAGACAAGGAAACCGGCAUUAAACUGAUCUCAGUGGUGUUCCUUCUCAUCUGCUGUUUUAUCAUCUUAGAGAACAUCUUUGUUUUGCUGACCAUUUGGAAAACCAAGAAGUUCCACCGACCCAUGUACUAUUUUAUUGGCAACCUCGCCCUCUCAGACCUGUUGGCAGGAGUGGCCUACACAGCCAACCUGCUCUUGUCUGGGGCUACCACCUACAAGCUAACCCCCGCCCAGUGGUUUCUGCGGGAAGGGAGUAUGUUUGUGGCCCUGUCCGCCUCCGUGUUCAGCCUCCUAGCCAUCGCCAUUGAGCGCUAUAUCACCAUGCUGAAGAUGAAACUCCAUAAUGGGAGCAACAGGUUCCGCUCCUUCCUGCUCAUCAGUGCCUGUUGGGUUAUCUCCCUCAUCCUGGGGGGCCUGCCCAUCAUGGGCUGGAACUGCAUCAGCGCGCUGCCCAGCUGCUCCACCGUGCUGCCGCUCUACCACAAGCACUAUAUCCUCUUCUGCACCACGGUCUUCACUCUGCUCCUGCUCUCCAUCGUCAUCCUGUACUGCAGGAUCUACUCCUUAGUCAGGACUCGGAGCCGCCGUCUGACCUUCCGCAAGAACAUUUCGAAGGCCAGCCGCAGCUCUGAGAAGUCCCUGGCUCUGCUCAAGACCGUGAUUAUCGUCCUGGGCGUCUUCAUCGCCUGCUGGGCGCCACUCUUCAUCCUGCUCCUGCUGGACGUGGGCUGCAAGGUGAAGACCUGCGACAUCCUCUUCAGAACGGAGUACUUCCUGGUGUUGGCGGUGCUCAACUCUGGCACCAACCCCAUCAUUUACACUUUGUCCAACAAGGAGAUGCGUCGGGCCUUCGUCCGGAUCAUGUCCUGCUGCAAGUGCCCCAGCAGAGACUCCGCCGGCAAAUUCACACGACCCAUCAUCGCAGGCAUGGAAUUCAGCCGCAGUAAGUCAGACAACUCCUCCCACCCUCAAAAGGACGAUGGGGACAACCCAGAGACCAUUAUGUCUUCUGGAAAUGUCAACUCUUCUUCCUAAAAGUGAACUGCCGACCCAUGGGGUGUGUUCUUGCAUGGUCACCCACCACCCCAGUGUCUGGGGAAAAAAAAGCCUCUCUCUGCCUCCCCUGCUGCCAGGGAGGCACUGCCUGGAGCCAGCGGGAGGGAGGAGGAGCAUAAGAACAGCCUGGUGGUGCCUGCUGUUAGUGGGUAGACUUCGUUCCUGUGAACAAUGCACUGGGAAGGGUGGAGAUCAGGUCCUGCCUGGAAUCUAUUUCCUCCCCUCACUGGAGCUUUGAUUUUGCACUGAGCCAAAGGUCUAGCAUUGUCAAGCUCCUGAAGUUCAUCUGGCCCCUCCUCAAAAACUAAUGUCCCCGUGUGAAAGCAUCUCUGUCAGGAGCUUUGAGGAGAUGUUUUCUUUCACUUUAGUUUCCAACCCAAGUGAGUGUGUGCACUUCUGCUUCGCUAGGUAUGCUCUACAUAUCCCAUCCUCCCUUCCUCUUCACGUCCCUCCUCAGAAUUCCUUUACUUUAUACUUUAACUAUUCAGAGCUGGGGGUGUGGCACGGUCCAUUUCUUGAUGAUGUGUAGCAGGUAGGCAGUGUCCAGCAGGUCAACUGUGGUGGAGAUGGUUUGGAGAUGCAAAGCAAUGUCACUUGCUGAGGCCAAAGUUUCCACAUAAGCUGGAUGAGUGUUUUUAAAUUUAGUUGCAGUCACUUUAAAAAAAAAUCUUUGCAAUGAAAUGUAUUACAGUAUCAUAUCCAUGUGGCUAAAAUCUGCAUAAGGAAGUCCAAUUAUUUUAAAUGACAUCAGCCAGGAUCUUUAGUAUCAUAGGAGAAACAAACAAGCAAAACAAGGUGAAAACUGACUGGGGGGUGACUUUGUAAACCAGGAGAGCUUUCUUAAUGAGAUUUGUCUAACAAAUACAGCAUCUGUCUUUGGCACUUUUGUUGAUGUUUCUUUCAGAGUGUUGUGUGAAUCAUUUCAACCAACAGGAUGACUAUGUUUUGUUGUGUUAAAAGUACUUUUUAUAAUUUUUGAAUGUAUUUCUUUCAGCAUUUUAUUGGAUUUUCCUAACCUGUGUUAACACCAUUGAAUGUGUAUUUCUUCAGAAAAUACCAUCUUCUUGUGCCCUUAAAGCAUUACUUUAACUGAUAGGGAACAUGAGAAGUUUUCCAGUACAUUAAAUAGUUAAUUGAAGAUGUGUAUAAAUGUCACAAAGAAUAAAAAUAUAUUGGUGUCUGUUUAGUGUGCUUUCCAGUGCAAUUAAACUGAGAAAUGUCUUUUUUAAAAAAUAGUAUUUAAUAGGUUUCUGACAAUGUGGAUCAUUUUGCACAUAGCUUUAUCAACUUUUAAACAUUAAUAAACUGAUUUUU